UGGAUCUCUCUAAAAAUCCUGUUGUCCUGGUAUGGUAAACCUCUGAAAGACUAUGAACUCUGGGCAUUAUGUCAUGAGUGUUUAUGUACUCUGCAGACUUGUGGAGAUUAUCCAGUGGUCUUAUGUUUGGACUCUGUGCUGAUUGACUGCCAUGGAAGUAUCCUCUUUGCUGCUCCAAAAGCUGAAGAAUCAUGUGAUAUAUUUUACUUAGCUCCUGAAAUUGAAGAAGAGUAUGUGGAUACUGAGAAGGUCUGCGUUUAUGGUGUUGCUGCAGUACUGUGGAUGGCUGCAAAAUCCAGUGUUCCACCAAGUCACAAACUAGCAUUGCCAAGAAAAUUUAAAAAACUUCUUCUGGAUAUGGCAAGAAGAAACCCUGAAGAAAGACCUUCUCUAGCUGAUGCAAUUAAGACAUGCAGUCGUUAUUUAUUUGAACAAGGUGUAAACAGCAAAAAUAUUUUGGCAUUGUUGAAUAAAUCUGUCUUUAAGGCUGUUGAGGAAGACAUAAUGUCGUCUCAAGAUCAUGUUGCUUUUGCGUUUAAAAAUGAAAGACAUGAAAUGGACCCUUCAGAGUCAAGUCUAGGAUUUGUGCCUGUUACCAGUGCAAGUAAACUUGUAGCAGUUAAAGGACCAGUACCAUGCCAGAUUUCUCUAAACUGUGAGAAAGCUACAUUACCUGUUGCAUUCACCUCUCCUGCAACUCACUUCAAGCCUAUUAUUCUGCAACAAAAUGAAAAUAUAACAAAAGAGGUUCACACACCAGUUUCUGAGCAAUUCAAGAAAGAGACAAGAAAAGAAAAACAUGCGGACAACAACAAAUCAGGAUUUACAGAAGACUUUAAAAGCUGUGGUACUGAGGACACAGAUGUUCCUGCACCUGAAAUACAUGAGUGUGGUUUACAAGUUCCAGGCCAUUCGUCCCAGAUAUCUUCAGAAGAGCAAAAGCCAGGCAAUGCAUGUACUUCUGUAGUUACUUUACCAUCACCAUCUGAUUCCUCACAUAUUCUACAGGAAAAGAGCAUAUUACCUGAAGUUCCUUCAAACUCUGCAGCUUGUCCUACGUCUCCUAAUUUUCUUCAUAUAAAUAACAUCAUUCUCAAACAGGACUCAGAGAAAAGAGUUACAACAUUUGUACCAGUACAUUUAGCUGUAUCAGAGCAAAUACCAAAUAAACCUCUUCGUUCAAGAAUUGCUUAUGAUUGCUGUCAUAGUUUGCCAGUUCUACUUUCAAGUACUAUUGCAAGUUAUAAAAAAAGCAUGCAGACAGAAAAUGAUGCCUGCCUUUACAAAGUGCAAAACUGUGAGACUGCUAAUACACAGAACAAGUUAGAUAAAAGUAACCCAGUUAUUCACACCAACUGCCAAGAAAUUGAAUGUGCUGCCAGUGUAGACAGUAUUUUCACUGAACAAGGAUACAUACCAUGUACCUCAGUGAAUCAAGAAAAUUCUCAUCUCUUUAAUGCUGAAGUCCUGCCCCAGCAGAACAGAACAAGUGACACUUUACUACAGGAAGUGGUUCAUCUUAUACAGGAGGAGUUUGCGUUUGAUGGCUAUCUAGAGAAUGGAGUUGAAGUUUUUGAUAUGGGUAACUUCAUUUUAAACUUAAAGGAAAUUCAGUUUCGCAUAUUCUCUGAUAGAAUUUGUGAAAAAUUUUGUGAUCUCUACUGGGAUGAAAAAUUACUGGAGAAUCUUUAUCGGGUAGUAAAUGGAGAAAGACCUUCACAUUUAUGCAUAACUGAGGCAGAUGAUUCAAAGUGUGGCAAUGUAUUCCAAGAUCUAAAGAAUUCUGAUAGCUUCUUGACAAGCGGUGAUCAGACAGAGGGAGAAGGGGAAGCAGCCUUUGAUGUGAAGGCUGAGCCUAUGAUAAAUACAUCAUUAGCUGAAAUGGAAUUUGAUGAGUCACCUUCGGAUAAUAUCAAAAAAGAAUUGAGGCUGCACAAUACUGCCCCCUCAGAGAAAGAACAACAGUGUUUACAAGGCAACGGCAGUUGUACUGAUCCAGGCUUUGCAGAAGAAAAUACAGAGCCCGAGGAAGAGACCAUGAUGAAAAUAGCUGGAAACAGCUACCUUGUGUCUCCCAACCUAUCUGACUUUCAUGGCUGUAGUCCUGGUUGGAGCAGUGCAUUUUAUGGAGCUGAAUGUUUUGAUUCAGAAGUUCAUAGGUACAUGAAAAACCUUGGAAAGCAGAAAUCAAGUGAGUCACAAAAUAUAGAUGCUAAAAAAGUGGAACUAGAACAAUUGCUAAUGAUGGAGACAAAAAAUUACAGAAAGACCAUAAAGUUUUACCAGAAACUAUUGCAGAAAGAAAGAAGCAGCAAAGGUCUUGAAACUAAAUCUGUGUUGCCCAAAUUGAGAGAACAGCUACAGGAGAUGAAAUCAAAAGUGCAGUUUCUUGAACUGGUGAAGAAAUACGUGCAGAUCAUGUAUGCAGAACAGUGGGGUGUGGAAUCCUGUGUGCUGCCUACAGUCAUUCACAAUGGGAGAAUUAACACAGUGGAUGUGACACCUGAUGAGUCAUCAGUGCUGCUUUACUAUAACACAGAGAAACACCAGUGUAAUAAUCAAAAUGGAAUAAGAGUUCUGCAGGCUGGUACACCACUUGGUUUAAUGGCUUAUUUAUAUUCUAGAAAUGCAUUUUUAGAAGGGUACGUACAGCAGUUUCUCUACACAUUUCGCUAUUUCUGCACACAAGAAGAAUUUUUGCAGUUUCUUCUUGAUAGAAUCAGCAGCACUUUAUCCAGUGCAAGCCUGGAUCCUUCCACCUCACUUACCAAAAUAUGUAACCGCAGUUUCUACAUCCUGCAGGCUUGGAUUGAAGACUGCUACAGUGUAGACUUUGCAACAAAUACUGACCUUCUGUGCACCCUAAAAGAAUUUAUUUCUUCCAAGGUUGCUCCAUUAAAUGGCUAUGGUGAGCGUUUGUUGUCAUUGCUUGAGGAUGCUUCUGCCAGGAAAAGUGGCAGUGCUCAUCAGAGCUCCAGCAUGGACAAAUGUGAAGAGGAAGGUGAGGAGGACAGAAAAACAUUACAUUCCCUAUGUAAAAAACUCUCAGAAGAUGUUUCCAGAAAGAACUUUAACUGGAAACUUUCCAAAGGUGUGGGACCAAUUGCACAAUAUCAGAGAGAGCGACUGUACACUAGUUCAUCAGUUUUGCCAAAGCCAUGCUACAACAGUUUUAGAGAAGAAUUCCCGGUCUCCUUUACUAAAUCAGAUGAAGUAGGACCAUAUCUCUUAAUAGAAUACAGUGUGCAAGAGCUUUGUUGUCAGCUGACAUUACUGCAACAGGAAGUAUUUCAUAAAUGUCAUCCAGUACACUUUCUAAAUUCAAGAGCACUUGGUGUUAAAGACAAAUGUGUUUCUGUCCAAAAAGCUGUUUCUGCUGAGACAGUUUCAUUUAAAGUCUGUAAUCUGUUUCUGUCAAAGUGCAUACAAGACCAGUACCUUCUACAAUUAUUAAGUAAUGCAGACAGUGUCAGCACCUGGGUUGCUGCUGAAAUUGUAACAUGUCACACAUCUAAGUUGCAGGUGAGCUUGUUAUCAAAAUUUCUUCUUAUAGCAAAAGGCUGCUAUGAACAAAGGAAUUUUGCUACUGCGAUGCAAAUCCUAUCAGGCUUAGAAAAUCUUAUUGUACGACAGUUACCAGCCUGGAAAAUUUUACCUGCAAAAGUAGCCGAAAUAAUGGAGGAACUCAAGGCUGUUGAGGUGUUUUUAAAAAGUGACAGCUUGUGCUUGAUGGAAGGAGGAAGAUACAAAACACUUCCAACAAUUCCCUCAGCCCAUGUUUUGGCUAUGCAUGUCCAACAACUUGAAACUGGAGGAUUCACAAUGACAAACGGAGCUCACAAGUGGACUAAACUUAGAAAUAUUGCAAAAGUUGUGAGCCAAGUUCAUGCGUUUCAAGAGAAUCCUUACACAUAUACACCAGAUUUCAAGCUGCAAUCUUACCUCAGACAAAGAAUAACUCGUUUUAAAGAUGCAGAUGUUUCUGUCUUGGCAGCUGACAACUGUGCCAACUUCCAUCAGAUACCAGCAGAAAAACAUUCUCGAAAAAUUCAGGACACACUGCGCAGAAUGAAGGCAACAUUUCAGUAAUUGUUUAUGUUUCAUCUGUUGUAUUCCAAGUGUGGAUUGUAAAGCUGGAUUCAGUUGACCUCAUCUUCUGGACCAUUUCCCAAGCAAAUACUUAAGUGAAGUGACUUAAAAUACUAUCCCAAGUUGAAAUAAUUAUAUUUCUUAACACGGAAUUAUAAAAUGCUGACUAAUGAGAUUUGAAUCCCUAGCAACUGGGUGAAAGAUCAA